GUGGCCGAGUGGUCAAAAGCGACAGACUGUAAAUCUGUUGAAGUUUUUCUACGUAGGUUCGAAUCCUGCCUCUCCCACUUGUUUGUUGUAGACUUCAGAGAAGAGAAAAGAGGCAUUCGUCAGCGUAGGAAGGCCAACCGAGCGAAGCUCUUUCUUUCUUUUUUUGGCCGUGUCGUGAAGUGAAAUUGUAUCGUAUGUUAGUUAGAGAGGUUGGCGAACUACUACGAUCUAGAAAUCCCCCACCUAUAUCCAAUCCCAACGAGAAUAGAAGCGAGUCGCUUCCGGCUUGGCUUGUAGUCGUAGUCUUUUAGCUUAUGGAGUCGCCGGCCUUCCUACACGCACGCGCCCGCAAGAACGCCUCCCUGGUUCGGGACGAAGCCAAGCCGAUACAUACGAUAGGCGAAAAGGAAAGACCCCCAUUUAAUUAGCGCCUGGGGAACGCAAGUUUUAUCGAGGAUUGGAGAGGAGAGGUGGAAUAAAAUAAAAGGCUCGGGAUCGAUUUAGGAGUCUUUGUGCGAGCCGUAUGCGGUGAGAGUCGCACGUACGGUAACGAGGGGGGUUCGCGUCUAUACGUGUAGUGUGGUGGUUGGGCCUACCCACCCUAUUUGUUCCAUGAUCUAUGGGUCUACUGGAGCUACCCACUUUGAUCAAUUAGCCAAGAUUUUGACCGGAUACGAAAUCACUGGUGCUCGAUCUAGUGGUAUUUUUAUGGGGAUUCUAUCUAUCGCUGUAGGAUCCCUAUUCAAGAUCACUGCAGUUCCUUUUCGGGCGGCUGUAGGACAGACGGCCGCCUAUAGGUGGUAGGGUAGGGUGGGUGGUACCGCUCAGAUUGCGGCCAAUCUUCCUAACCGCGCGCGGGCCGCGCUUAGAGCGCGUGAAACUCAUCACUACCUCGUAAGGGCGUUGAGACCAUAGCAUGUUACACGAAAGCGCCGCUUUCUCUGUAGUGUUGUCACACAGCUGCCCGCCUAGAAGAGCCACUCGCUCUGUAGUGUUGUCACACAAGAUAAGCACGCCGCCCGCCUGCUGGCCGGGCGAAUCGAAGUUAUCUUCCGGUCAACUGUCCCCCCAGUCAAGUGCAAAAAACACAGUAGAAUCACGCAACGCACGCUACUGGUGUGCUUCCUGCUCGCGAGGAAAGAAAGAAGGGCGACAAAGUGAAGUUCAGAUUUGACUGUUUGCAGCAUGGGAGCAGAUUACCCAAAAAAUACCUGGGAACAAGAAAAAAAAGAUAUCUCGGUAACGAAAACUAUAGGGGGCUGUAUUGGCGAGAUCCAACGGUGAACAGCUGCCCAAAAGAAAAACCGCCUGGAAGUCCGAGGACCUUUAGUACUGUACUCUACCCCCGAACCAGCAGCCUUCGCGCCAAGCAAGACCGCCCUUGUCCCUUUCCUUUCUCCAUUCCCCCUCCUUCUUUGCUUUGUUCCAAUAGAGUAUAAGGCAAAGCAAAAGUGGUUCGUAUGCCUACUUUACCUACUUGACGAAAGGGAACGAACUUCGUUUCGUUUCCGGGUUUAUGGAUUGGAUUCAGUCAGCGUCACGACAUAAUCAAAAGGAAGGAGUGACGCUUUGGUUACCGGCGAACGCUUCCAAAGGCGACCCUCUCAAGUUUCCGGCUGUUUUAUAGAUUGAAGUAGCCUUUCGUCGCCCUACCAAACGAAAGAAAGAAGCCGCUAUCAAACAGCCCGCCCUACUGAAGUACCAACCAAAGGUGCGCUCAGCCCGGUGACUAAGAAAUGGGUUUGCACUUAAAUUUAAGUGAUGAGGUCGCAAAGAGGGAAGUAGGGCUCUUAUUUGACUAAAAGUGGGUUCUUCGCUUUCCUUUAGAACGAAAGUCGCUAUGAAGCCCCUACUACUUACUUUGUUUGAUUCAAAAGGCGAACAGCCCCCCCAACUAGUCGUAUGGGGCGGGGUGCUUGUGAUAAGCUGCCUUGGAUAUGAGGAAUUCUUAAAAAAAGGAAAAGUCCGGUAUUUUACGAAGAUCUUUCUAUCAAUAGAUAGGAAUGAGUGUUCGAUAUAGGGGAUAGGAUCCAUCUGCUCUUUAUGAACGCGGAGCCCGUUCCGAAUGCUUCUUCGAUCCGGAAGUUAUCGCGAAGAUAAUAAGAUGGUGCUCCCCCUCCCUCUGCCUUUUCCCGCUUUGCGAAUCUUCCCCUCUAACGCGGGCCGGGCGGCGGCGGGCGCGGGAGGAAGAAAGCUAAGAGAAGACGCUCUUCUCUUAGGUCCUUUUUUUUCAGUGCAACACAGGAAAGCGCCCUCUUUUUGUCAUCCCUGCUGCUUUCCAUAUUUUGUAUUGAACGCAUGGCGUAGCUAGGACCCUUCAAAUCAUGUUUGAGCUUAUGUUCAAACCAACCCCACCCCCUAUUUGAGUCAGGCUGGAAAGAAUGUCCGCCAAGUUCAGAUAAGGGAAUGCUUCCCCCAACCAUUAAAGGAAAGGCUCGACGAGGGGAGGGAGAUGCGGCGGGGGAAGGAAAAGGCUUUCGGAGAUCGAUAUUUUCUUGUUUUUUCAUCGAAAACGAAGAAGGCCGAGGAUGGCCUACGGUGCGUCUUAUCUGAAGGGAACACGCUUUUUCGACCGCGGUGGCGGUGGUAUGAUUGUCGGGCUCUCUCCUCGUUCCGCCCGCUGGCCUAUUGGGAUAGCAGCCUUCGGGCUUUACCUGCCCUUUCUAAUAGAAUAAAGAAUUCCGACUCGGCCCGGGAAAGCGCUGGCAACAACAGAAAGGAAGGGGUCCAUGUAGCUGCUGCGCCCGCCCCCCUCUUAGUCAAUGGGGCAGCAGGUUCGGCAUCUACUACAAAAGAGAGAAUCCACUUCAGAUAACCACGCCUCUGCUAGGGCAGCGCGUGGAAUGGCCGAGAGCGGACCUUUUUGGAUAUAUAAUCCAAGUCGAGAGUAGAGUUACGGGAACAGCCGUCUGAUGGAAAACUACUUUCACGUUCGGUUCAGAGAGCACCUUUUUGUUGAGAAUUCGUCGUUCCCUUUCGUGUGAAUUCCCCAGCGGCGAAUUAAAAACUUGUGGGCCCUAUCCUAUUCCAUCUCUCGAGCCCCGAAGAAAACCACCCCCCCUCGGAUUCCAUAUCUCUUUUGACUCUAUAUAUGUGGGCACCUGAUAUCUAUGAGGGUUCACCCACCCCGGUUACAGCAUUCCUUUCUAUUGCGCCUAAAAUCUCGAUUUCUGCUAAUAUUUCACGUGUUUCUAUUUAUGGUUCUUAUGGAGCUACAUUGCAACAAAUCUUCUUUUUCUGCAGCAUUGCUUCUAUGAUCUUAGGAGCACUGGCCGCCAUGGCCCAAACGAAAGUAAAAAGACUUCUAGCUCAUAGUUCAAUUGGACAUGUAGGUUAUAUUCGUACUGGUUUCUCAUGCGGAACCAUAGAAGGGAUUCAAUCACUACUAAUUGGUAUCUUUAUUUAUGCAUCAAUGACGAUAGAUGCAUUCGCCAUAGUUUCAGCAUUACGGCAAACCCGUGUCAAAUAUAUAGCGGAUUUGGGCGCUCUAGCCAAAACGAAUCCUAUUUCGGCUAUUACCUUCUCCAUUACUAUGUUCUCAUACGCAGGAAUACCCCCGUUAGCCGGCUUUUGUAGCAAAUUCUAUUUGUUUUUUGCCGCUUUGGGUUGUGGGGCUUACUUCCUAGCCCCAGUGGGAAUAGUGACUAGCGUUAUAGGUCGUUGGGCGGCCGGAAGGUUGCCACGAGUAAGUCAGUUUGGGGGACCGAAGGCAGUUCUCCGUGCACCGGACACGUAGCUUACCGAAUCAGUUGCGACACGGAUGGGAAUGCAUGCUACGAAAGAUAGGGUCGAGUCUGAUACAUCAACCGUCUACUCAAUAUCCUUGUACGAGUUCACAAUCACUACACGAGAUGAACCUUGGUUUGGUGAAUUGAAGUUGGCCUUAGGUGUAAUAGGACUCCCAGUUACUGCGCACGAUCGUAGACUGAGGUGCUCCCCGCCGGUUGUUGGAACGACGCGAGCCGGGCCGGGUCUCGAUUCAGAAAGAUGAAGGGCCAAAAAGUCUAAAUAGGGGGUUACAAAUUCCCCAUCUCAUUGGGGGCGGAAAACGAAUCGACAUCUCGAUGUGAUACAGCCUUUUAAAUUUAUGUUGGGAAAGAACGGCGAAGUCCAUCCGAACCGUCCAAUGAAGAAUAAGAGGAGAGCAAAGCGCCAAUGGCGCGCGAAGCGCAUGCGAAACGGGCGCGGAUAAAAAAAGUUUGGAGGAGAAGCAGCCGAGCUCAUUCCCUUCGCUUCCUGGGCCCAAAGCAGUGCAGUCUUUCCUGGCCAAAUCAAGGAUUUGGGGCUUCUUGCUACGCUACUUAACUAUAUAAAUCCUUUUUUUGAGUAAUAUAUAUGAAUAAAAGAUAGAUCCAUCCAGCUAUCCUAUCCGAUUUCUAUUUUUAUAAAAACAAUAGAAUCGAUUUCAUUCAACGUUUGAUUCAAAGAACUGUGCUUAGCCCCCCCGCUCAUGAAACGGCUCUGCUGCAAUGGAUGGCAGAGGGUCCGUAGUACCCGAAGCACUGGAGUGAUCCAGUAGCCGGGAAGGGGCCUAGAAGUGCCUACUACUACACCACACUACACUUGGCUCUACACAUUUACAGAGCUAACCCCUGUCCAGUGCCUGGCAGAGCUAAGGGGGCUUAAAUCCUUACUCUUUAUCCCCAUCUUCGCCCAGGCUAACGGGGCCUUACUUAUUCAGGGGGGAGAGUGGAGCCUCGAGAAGCACUGUUGAGAGGAAGAUCCUUGGCCCCUCUUCAUUCUCUACAGGGUUCCAAAUCUUUAUUCAACAUAGGUGACAACGAGCGAGGCAGAGAUGGAAGAGAUAAAAGACGAGAAUAAGAAGCAAGCUCGCCUUCCUUUUUAUUUCAUCAUUUUUAUAGAGGGGGAUGGAGAAAGUGGACAAAACAGGCUCGCAUUUCCCAGUCGAAAAGAUGGGUUCCUUUUUCGUCUCGCAUUUCUCAUCGAACAAAUACAGGAAAAGAAUCAUAUUGAAAACGAGCCUAACCCAACCCCUUUCUUCGUAGAGCCGUGUAUUGUAAGUGAUCCGAACCUGCCUGGAGCGAGCCCCCCAUAGAGGCAAGUGAAGUUGGUGAGCCGUAUGAUGGGCAACUAUCUCCUGCGGUUCGGAGAGGACUCAGCUGUUAGUUAGUACCCCCUUGGUUUCGGGGUGGACCCUUUCACUCUAUUUUAUUAUAUACGCUUAGCGAAAAGAAUGUUUUUUGAUACACCUAGGACAUGGAUUCUAUAUGAACCAAUGGAUCGUGACAAGUCGUUACUACUAGCAAUGACUUCCUCUUUCAUUACUUCAUUCUUUCCAUAUCCCUCUCCUUUGUUCUCAGUUACUCAUCAAAUGGCACUCAGCUCAUAUCUUUAAGUUCGAUCAUUGACAAGGUUCAAAGAAAGGGUGGGAA